AUGUCCGCAGACCAGCCUCUUGAGGAUCGCAUCGAGCACAUCGAGCUUCCCUCUCUCCCCCGCGAUGUUGCGAAGAAGAUGUCGCAUCUCGAGGAGCAGUUCCACCGCGUUGAGAUUGAGCAGAUGCGCAAGGCUGUCCCCUUGAUGAAGCCCCUUUUCGAGAAGCGCAAUGAGAUCAUCAGCCACCCUGAGGUCGAGGGUGACUUCUGGAUGCGCGUCUUCUCCAGCGCUCCCGGCGAGAUCGAAGACUAUAUCCUGCCCCAGGAUGCCGGCAUUCUUGGCCAGGCCCUCAAGAACCUGACCAUUGAGCGAUUCGAGGUCGAUGCCCAAGGCAAUGGCGAACCCCGCAGCUUGCGCUUCACCUUCGACUUCAAGCCCGAGGACAACGAGUGGUUCGAGAACACCCAGUUGGUCAAGGACUUCUACUGGCGCAAGCAGGUGUUCAAGACCCCCAGCGGCAAGCGCCGCACCUGGGAGGGUCUGGUGUCAGAGCCUGUCCGCAUCAACUGGAAGAAGGAUGCCGACCCCACAAAGGGUCUGCUCGAUGCCGCCUGCAACCUGGCCGAUGCUGAGAAGAAGGGUGGCGAGCGUACGAAGCUGCCCGAGUUCGAAGCCCUCGUGAAGAAAAUUGCUGAGAUCCAAGCUGAGGCUGACAAGGCCGAGGAGGAGGAGGAUGACGAGGAUGAGGAACCCGAGAGCCCCGCUGGUACCAGCUUCUUCUCUUUCUUCGGCUAUCGUGGCCGGGAUGUCUCUGUCGAGGAGUCCAAGCAGGCAUCCAAGGAGGAGGAUGAGCGGUAUGCCAAGAUCCUCAAGGGCGAGGAGGUCGACGACGAGGAUGAGGACGAUGAUGAGGAGGACCUAGACCUCAUCGAUGAGCUUCAGGAUGUCGAGAUUUUCGAGGACGGCGAGGAGCUCGCCAUUGCCAUUUCCGAGGACCUCUAUACCAAUGCCAUGAAGUACUACGCUCAAUCUUUCGAGCUCGGCGAUGAUCUUGAUGACCUCGACAUGGAGGAGCUCGAGGGUCUGGAAGACAUUGAGGAGGAUCUCGAGGAGGACGAGGACGAGGGUGAGGGCCAAGAGCGCCCCCGCAAGAAGGCCCGUAACUAA